GGCGUGUAGGCGCAGGCCUGCAAGGCCAUCUAGGACUGAUUCGAGCUUGACGGCAUGGCAUCUCAAGCUGUACAAGAGCCCAGGAUGAGCUAUGGCACGACCGAGGGCCAAAGUGCCUUCCUGGCCAAAGACUUUGACAAGCUGGUCGAAGAAGUUGAGGAGGAUCCGAUGUCAGCAGACAGAGCAGAUCUGCCAGCACUCGUAGAGCUCCGACCGCUCUCCCAUGAGAUGUUCCUGCUUCCUCACGAACUCGCAAACACAUCACAGACAAUAGAGGACAGUGUCCUUCCCGAAAUAUCAAGCCUACACUUUGCCGACGUGGACAGCGAUGAUGAGGACCAGAGGACGCUUCGAUCCUUCUCAGCGUCCGACUUCUUGAUGACCCGCCACCGUUCGACGCUGCCCGGUCUUCUGUCCGAGCUGCGAGCGUACCUCGCCAUUCUGCGCAGAGAGCUCACCGCCCUCAUCAACGAAAACUAUGAGGACUUUCUCAACCUCGGCAGCGGUCACGGCGGCCUGCGUGACUCUGAUGCCCUCCUCGAAGGCCUGAAAGAGCCCGUCGUCGAUAUCGAGAGCAAAGUGACGGCAGUGCACAGCAGUCUGAAGGACGUACAGCGUGAUCUCAAUACUAGCUUACAGACGCGUCGCCAGCUUCGUGAUCGCAAGGCCACGAGCAGGAUCCUGUUAUCGACACAUGCUGCCUUGCAGAAGCUAGAAGCUCUCCUCGGCAUUCCCUCACCAGCGAGUGAAGCAGCCAGCCGUGCACCAGAUGCACAUUCAGCAGGCACGCUCCAUUCCGGCGAAACAUCUGCCAAGCGGCUUGCACGUAUAGCAAGAGAAUACAACCAGAUGGUGUACCUCGUGCAGAAGAGCCAAGCGCUAAAUAGUAGAUUUGCCCAUUCGCUCCAGCCGAGAGCGAUGGUAGUCUCGAAAACCCUGCUGCAACAGCUUGACAGCCUUUGCACGCAAGAGCUGCGCAAGCAGCACGACCUGCAACGCUACCAGGCCUUGUCAGAUUUGCUCGCGGCCUAUGUCAGCAUCGAUCAGGCCAGAGCAGUCGAGGACGUCAUCAGGACAUCGUUUGCGAGACCUUGGGCGACGCGCUACAUCUAUCGUGACGCUGUGCAGGAAGCCAAACCAAUUGGGGCGCCACCGAGCCCACCUGCCGGCGUCGACUCUGCGUAUCUGCUUGAUGAUCUCUUGCCCGGCGAUUCUCAGCUGGAGCACUUCUACAACCACAUUUUACUUUUUCUUUCGCAUGAUGCAAGUGUAUUGCUCGACCUUGCUGAGAACCAGCCGCAACGCACGCAAAACGAACGGCAUCAAUUUGACUUACUAGCCAGCGUAUUCUGGGACGAGAUCUCCCGUCGAUUGGUCAGCGAGACUAGUCAGGCUAUCUUUGCUGCCGGUCAGCCGGAGGUCUUCAUUAGAAAUUACAAUAUUACGACUGCAUUCAUCGACCGCAUCGAGAACUUGUGUCCCUCGUCCACCUAUUUAGACCGAUUGCGAAAUCACCCAUCGAUGCUGAGGUUCUCAAAACGAUGGCAGCUACCGGUCUACUUUCAAUUGCGCUUCAGAGAAGUAGUGGGCCGAGCAGAAGAGGUGCUCGAGAGCAAGGAUCAUACUCCCUUCAAAACCUCUGCCAACCGAAACUUCAUGCUGCCCGCAACAGAGGCAAUUCAUCGCGCAAUCUGGACGCUUUGGCAGCCCGAGAUCUACCUCGCCGAGCUGGGCCAUAGAUUCUGGUCCGUAACGUUGCAGCUCCUGGCACGGUAUCGUAGUUGGAUCGAUGCGAUUUUGCCGCGAUACAAUCCUGCGCGGCCCUCUGAAAGGGAGAAGAGUACCACCACAUCAGCGCUGUCCAGUAGGGCCAAUACUCCACAGCCCUUGGCGAGCAAUGCAGCCGAAGACGCUCAGGAUGACGCUACUCUGCGCCAGCUGGUCAUCAUCAUCACAGAUCUGCAGAGACUGACGACGCGGCUGCGAGACUUCUUUGGCGCCUCGAUCUUGCCAGUCUUGCCUGCUGUCGAAGGUAGUGCUAUCUCGGACACGCUGGAAGCAAGCCUCAGUGAUCUCACGGCGAUCGCGCCACCGCUGAUGCUUCAAGUCGUGUCGAUCCUUGCAAAGCGCACCUCUGAGCCGCUUAGAUUGGUACGAUCGGUCGCUUCACAAGUCAGAGCGUCAAGCAAGCUCUCGACGGAAGCGAGCUAUUUUGUCGCCAAUAUCCUGCAGCCUCUCCGCGACUUUUUGCGUGGUCCAGGGAGAACACUCGACGCUGUAUCUCAGCAGCAGGUCGCCCAGGACGUGGUUGACGAUGUCGCAGCAAAGUAUGCAGGUGUGCUGGAAACAAUGAAGAAAACGGAAGAUUCGCUCAAACGACUCAAGAAGGGCAGACAAGGUUUCUCACUGUUCAGCGGCGGCGGCAAAGCGAGCGAUGGUAUGGACGAAGAAGAGCGCGUGCGAGCUCAGAUGCAGACUGAUAUCGGCGCACUGGCGAGCGAUGCAGCUACUCUCGGUGUAGAUACCUCAAGCUCAUCCGCAUUCAAAGCGCUCGUUGUAGCAUCUCAAGAGAGCGCCACAGUCGCUGCGUGA